CCGUAAGCAGCAACCAUCAAAUCUCCUACCGUUAAACCAUUAUUUUUUCGCAACCUGGUUUUUAUAGACUGUUCGUUAUCCUGCAGCAGAAAUGGGUGCCACAAUGAGAGCCGUUGACAUCAAAGGCGGUAAAGGUCCUGCAAGUGCACUCUUCAUCAAUGAAAUCCCUCAUCCUCAGCCGAAAGCUUCCGACGCCAUCGUGCGCGUUAAGGCGUUCGGACUCAAUCGUAUGGACUUAAUCCAAAGAGAGGGCAAUUAUCCCCUCCCCCCACAAGCGCCCACGACACUUGGGGUGGAGUUCUCGGGGGUGAUCGAGGAACUGGGAACCAACCCGGAGAGCGGCUUUAAAGUAGGGGAUGAAGUUUUCGGACUAGCAUAUGGUGGGGCAUAUGCCGAAUAUAUCGCCAUCUCGACCCAUAUGCUCAUCCACAAACCCAAAGAAAUGUCCUGGGAACUGUGUGCCGGCAUUCCCGAGACCUGGAUCACUGCUCUUCAGGCCCUCCAUUUGGUUGCCGACUUGAAGCCAGGACAAACGAUCCUUUGGCACGCCGGCGCAUCAUCUGUCUCCAUCGCUGGGAUCCAACUGUCCAAGAUCGCAGAAGCAUCCGCGGUCUUCGCCACUACGCGUUCCGAUGCAAAGUGUGAGUUCGUUGUGAAGGAGAUCGGCGCAAAUAAAGCGUUCAACUCCGGUGGUGAUAGCAAUUGGGCCGAUCAGGUGCUGGAGGAGACAGGGGGGAAGGGGGUAGAUGUUAUCAUUGACUUCGUUGGGGCGAGCUACUUUGCCGAUAACUUGAAGGCUCUCGCGAAGGAUGGACGGAUGGUGAUGUUGGGUUUGAUGGGAGGUCUCGAGGUCCCUGCCGGAACCAAUCUGGGUCCGAUCCUGUUCAAGCGGCUUCGAGUUGAAGGCAGCACGCUUCGGUCGCGGGAUGAGAACUACCAGAAAAAGCUGCGGGAUGAUCUGGCCAGUUUUGCACUACCAAAGUUCCUGGAUGGGACGUUGAAGGUCCCCAUCGAGAAGGUAUUCCCUUGGACUGAGAUUAUCGCAGCCCACCAGUUGUUAGAAGGGAACAGUACGAUGGGGAAGGUUAUCUGUAGAAUCGAUUGAUCGCAGAGGUGUAGAUGAUAUCAAUUCGUCAAUUUUAAGCACUCCAUGGUUGAGGGAUCUUCCAUGAACCUGAAUUUCGUUUCGAAAAGUUACUCAUAAACAUAUCAACGUA